GGGUGUGAAUACUUUCUGAAGGCACUCUAUGUACAGUAUGUCGUCUUCCACCUUAAGUCAAUAAUCUAUAAUUUGCCUGAUGUUGCUUUUUCCAUAUCCUGUGUGUGUGUCUGUUUGUCCACUGUACUAGAGCUGUCAGUAAUAGAUUACAGGACUAGUAUGUCAUCAGUUACAGGCUGCCUGGUGUUUUCAUGGUUCAUUAGCAUCACUUUUGCAGUGUAAGGAAUCUGGUGGAAACACCUCCUUCCUAUGACCGGAGUGCAAUCCGGACAUCCUGAAAUGGGGCUCUUGAUGACUUUGAAUGACCAAAUAUGAGGUGGAAAAAUGCCUCCUAGUUAGCCAUUAUAGGCUAUGCCCUACAAACGAUCAACCCCUGACCCCUGAACCCCCUCCACACAGACACACACAUAUAAAGGAGGAUUAAAAGAUGUAGUGGGAGUGGUGACAGUACUCUUAUCUCUUAGAGUGACAGAACCUCAGUCAAUGGAAAUGCCCACCGUGCUUUGGGUGAAAAAGUAAACUUUUUAGUAAACCUGUUUUAUUCUGUGUUUGGAAAACACCUCCCUUUCACCUGUCAUAUUGUACAAAAGGGGGACUGACAGGCACUUCAAGCGGCUUACACAGGGAGGACGAAAUAGCCCAACCGGGUUCUUAUAUAUAUAGUCAAGUAAGGUUAUUAGACGAGGUGGUAUGGGUACGGGGCGGAAGGCUAGGGGGUACAGAGUGGAGAGGGAUGUGCUGGAUGAGCAGAGACUGGAGGAGCUGGCUCAGAGAAUGGACUACUCUGACACUCACCCUUCCCUGACGAAGCAGCUAAAAGAGUCCUUCAGAUGUACUGUACCCAGGCUGAAGCGUAGUGUGGUGGGCUGUCUGCCUGUACUCUACUGGCUGCCCCGCUACUCUAUCUGGGAUUAUGGCAUGCCGGACCUCAUCUCUGGUAUCAGUGUGGGCAUCAUGCACUUGCCACAAGGUAUGGCAUAUGCAUUGCUGGCCUCCUUGCCCCCAGUGUUUGGGCUGUACACAUCCCUCUACCCUGCAUUGGUCUACUUUUUCUUUGGGACGUCCAGACAUAUUUCCAUAGGUACGUUUGCGGUGCUCAGUAUCAUGGUUGGAAGUGUGACAGAGAGGUUGGCUCCAGACAGGAACUUCCUGGUCAUGAUGAAUGGGACUAACCUGACUGAGGUGAACAUCACUGCCAGGGACUCGUACAGGGUGCAGGUUGCUGCUGCUACCACCGUCCUAGGAGGACUCAUCCAGGUGGUGCUGGGGCUGGUGAAGUUUGGGUUUGUGGGUACGUACCUGUCAGAGCCACUGGUGCGAGCCUACACAACAGCAGCUGCUGCUCACGCUGUGGUUGCUGUGAUCGCACAGCUCUUUGGGGUGUCAACCACACGCUUCAGUGGACCCCUGUCACUGGUGUAUACCCUUGUGGAGGUGUGCUCCAAGCUACCUCAGACCCAUCUCCCCACACUGGUGGUCAGUAGUGUAUCCAUGGUGUUUCUCAUCGCAGCCAAGGAAAUCAACUCUGCCAUCAGCGCCAAACUGCCCGUGCCCAUCCCAGUGGAGCUCACCACAAUUGUGGCAGCGACGGUGAUAUCGUCCUACACCCACCUAAACGGCAACUACACAAUCUCAGUAGUGGGGGAAAUUCCCAGCGGCCUGGCUGCCCCCAGGUUACCUGAUGCUAGCCUGUUUAGAGAGGUCAUGGGGGAUGCGUUUGCCUUAGCUAUUGUGGGCUAUGCCAUCUCCAUCUCUCUUGGGAAGACGUUUGCACUAAAACAUGGCUACAAGGUGGACAGCAACCAGGAGCUGGUGGCGCUGGGUCUCAGUAAUGCUGUGGGGGGAUUCUUCCAGUGCUAUGCUGUCUGUUCCUCCAUGUCCCGUAGUCUCAUCCAGGAGAGUACUGGAGGCAAGACACAGAUGGCUGGAAUGGCCGCUGCUGUGAUAGUGUUGGUGACUGUGCUGAAGCUCGGGCCUCUGUUCCAGGAGCUGCCAAAGGCAGUGCUCGCAGCCAUCGUCUUUGUGAACCUGAAGGGCAUGUUCAAGCAGUACUAUGACAUCAUCACUCUGUGGAGGAGCAGCAAAGUUGAUCUGGUGGUGUGGCUGGUGACCUGGGUAUCUACACUGCUGUUUAACCUGGACAUGGGCCUUGGUGCCUCCAUCACCUUCGCUGUGCUCACUGUUAUCUUCAGGACCCAGCUUCCGAAGUACUCAGUUCUGGGACACAUUCCCGGGACAGAGCUCUACUUGGACAUGGAGACCCACAGAGAGGUGAGAGAGGUCCCUGGCAUCACUAUCUUCCACUCCUCUGCCACCGUGUACUUCGCCAACGCUGACCUCUACCUGGAGGCGCUAAAAGAAAAGAGCGGGCUUGAUAUCAGCAAGAUGAUCAUCUACAAGAGAAGACAGGAGGCCAAGCAGAGACGCAGAGAGAAGAGAGCUGAGAGAAGAGCUAGGAGGGAGGCCAUGAGACAGAGGCAUGCUCUGAGAGCGGCAGAGCAGAAGACAGGAGUCUUCUCUGUAGAGGAGGAGGCGGGGCAACGGAAGGAACCGGAGGGCGGAGAUGGAGACAGGGAGGAGUCACUGGGAGACGACCAACCAGGUUGGUGCGGCCGCGAGAACGGCACCGUGUUCGUCAUGCCAACAACGCCCCGCACGCCCGAUGAUCACUGCAGCUGGGAGUACCUGAAGGGCGGUAAAGACCCAGACAGUGCCACCCUGGGGGCAGUGUCGGAACUGCAAGAUGGGGACACUACCACUCUGGGGUCCAGUAGUGAGGAUACCCUGAGCCGGGAACUGGAUAAGGUCUCCCUGGGUUCGCUGGGCAAGUGGACCUGGGACAUCCACUCCAUCAUCCUAGACCUAUCCACGGCUAACUUCAUCGACACCGUGGCCAUCAAGACCAUGGGAAAUAUAUUCCACGACUUUGGUGAGAUUGAUGUUACUGUCUACAUGGCUGGGUGUCAGAUGUCUGUGGUGGAGCAGUUAGAGCUGGGAGGGUUCUUCUCUGAGUCCAUCACUAAAGGACGUCUGUUUGCUACUGUCCAUGAUGCUGUGCUGCACUGCCUUGGCCACCAGGGAACAUCAACGCCCAGCUAUGAGUAUUCUCUGGAGAUGCAGUGCAGCACCAAACUCUGAGGACCCUUACUGAAGUCUGACGUCUUUGUAUAUUUGAUCCUUUUGAAAAGUGACUUUCAGUUGGGAAUAUAGUAUACAGGUAUAUACUGUGUAUAUAUAUGGUAAUUCUAAUGAAGUAAUCUAUUUUUCUUGCAGCAAGAUCAGUGUAUGAAAUCUUACAAUGUAUCAACAUUUCAAUAAAAUGCUUAAUGAUUAAAUAAAUGGCUACAAAAAGUGAAAGGUACAGUAAACUCCAACAUAGGGUUGCAAAACUACUGAUAAUUUACCAAAGUUUCCGAAAUCUUCGGUAUUUUGGGUAAUUAACAGGUAAUCUCUGUUAAUCUAUGGUAAUUUUGGUAAUAAAUAUUUACAUAACUUUUAUAAAAUGUAUUCAUAUGAAGUGUAAAAAAUAUAAUCGUUAUGUGUUCAUAUUGUCCACGAGUUUCUAGUGGAUAGACCAUAUGAUUUAAGAGAAAACAGCUUAAUUAAUGAAUAAAAAGUGUCUAAUCAACAAUGCCAUAAUUGCCAAUUAACUCUGCAACUCUUCCAACUUUUUUUUCACAACUGCCAAGAGUUUGGCUCCAAAACAUUUACAAAAACCACAUAAAAUAAAUAAAAGUGGAAGAGAAUUACGGAUAUUUUAUGCUGAAACCCUCAUAUUAAACACCAACAGUAUUCACUUAGUUUAUGGGUUAUAUUUGGGAUAAUGUUUUACAGCU